AUGGAUUUACCCAGGACUAACAAUCUCACACUCUACCGAGGCCAACCAGACAUCGGAUGCUACGUUUGGUCUCCCUUCGUCACGAAACUCGAAGCUCGUCUCCGAUUCGGAAAGAUCCCCUACCGAACUGAAGCAGGCUCUGUAACCAAAGCCCCAAAGGGCAAGGUACCAUACAUUUCAAUCGAUGAUGAAAAAAAAACACUACUUUCCGACUCAACCCUCAUAAUCAAGUCGUUCAUCGAGUCCGGCAAACUAGAGGAUCUCAAUCGCGAUCUUUCCGGCCCCCAAAAACUUCAAGAUAUUGCUCUUCAGGCUUUACUUGAGGAUAAAUUAUAUUUUUACGGCAUACACGAGAAAUGGAUCCAGAACUACUACGCUAUGCGUGACAAUAUCCUCGCCCCACUCCCUUGGCUUGUAAGGGUAGUCGUGGGUUACAUGAUUUACAACAAGAAUGUCCGUAAUAUGAUGGGCCAGGGUACGGGGAAGUUCAGUGAUGAGGAAAUCGCCGCAUUCCGGGUGGAAGUGUGGGAUGCGCUGGAUGCUGCUAUUGGGAAGUCAUGUGCGCAGCAUCUUGGAGAGGGGCCGUUUUGGGUGUGGGGUGGUGAUUCGCCGACUGAGGUUGAUGCGGUGGUUUAUGGGUUCAUUGUAUCGGGGUUGAUGUGUGGACCGGCUGCUCCUAUAACGAAAGGGAUUAUUCAGGGUCGUUCUGCUUUGGUGGAAUAUGUGCGGCGGAUUCAUGAGGUUUAUUUUCCAGACUAUGAUUUGGAGUAG